CAAAACUCCAAUCCUCAUCCUAUACUUGAAAAUCAUCAGAACUCAAAUAACUCCGACAUUGCAUAUCUCACUAAGCUACCUAGGUGAUUUCUUUAAAAAUUAGCAAAUAACUGAUUAAUUUGGAUCAAUAUCAAGUAAAUGGCGCCUAAGAAUUGCUUGUUUCUGAUUGUGGUUCUCCUUCAUGCUUAUCUUUUGCUCCUUGUUCCAGUUCUUUGUGAUGAUGAAGAAGAGAAUAAUCUUCUCCAAGGUUUAAACAGCUACAGAAACUCCCUACAACUCCCAUCCUUAACUAAAAACAAGCAAGCUGGGUGCUUAGCCGAUGAGCUAGCCGAUGAGAUUAAGGAUCACCCAUGUGUUCAGACAGUAGCAGCCAAUGCUAUACCAGCUGGCACUGGAAGCCAGUUCCUGAACUACCCGAAGCUGCUCAAGAAAUGCAAGAUCGAUCCAAAUACAACAGGUAACGGCAUUAUUUUACCAGUUUGUGUCCGUAAACUAGUUCCUACCCUAGUCCUUACCAACUAUACACGGACUGGCUAUGCUCGGUACAUCAAUGAUUCGAGGUUUACUGGAGCGGGUCUUGGGUCAGAGGACGAUUGGAUGGUUGUGGUGUUGACAACAAGUACUUUGGGAGGGAGUUUUGCUUCUAAUGCUGUUGAUGUGGUUUAUGGGUUGUUUAACUAUUUCUUGCCUGUUUUGGCCAGUUUCUUCUUAGUUUAGUAGCUUAGCUAGUCGGUCCAAUCCAUGUGUACGUAUUGCAAGUAUCAAGGACAUGAUUUUUGUUAAAAGACAAUGUUGUUUGCUUUAUAUUAGGACAGACUAAAAAUGCCGUUAACUUGGAAAACACCAACAACGCGCGUGAGCAGUUUAAGUGGAAUUUGGGGGUAGAACUUGAGCAAUUUAAUGGUUGCUUUGGGGAACGGA